UCCCGGUAACAGUAAGUUACAUUAACGAUACAAGUUUCUUUUAGAUAUAACGACAUGGACUCCAUUGAAAAGUAAAAACACGUUAAAGGAAUGCAUAUCUAAGGGGUUUUACUUAGCUUUCUGCAUUCUAUGUGUUGUCAGCCUAUACCAGAACCCUAUAGACAUAUUUUUGUGCUAUUUAAGUUCUCAGUCCUAAGAACACAAACCGUACACCUAAUUUGCAAGUGUGUACUGUUUAUGUGAAAUCAAAAGCAUGGGUAGAAGAUCACCUUUCCAUAAGCAAAAUUCCUGUUGCUUACGGUUUAAUCUGUAUUUAAAAUUUUAAAACUUCAUUUUGAAAUUUUAUAAGACAAUUCUUUUCUAUUUCCUUUUUGCCCCCAGGAGGGACUCCUCAUAAAAGUAGACGUGGGUGAUCUUCCUAUCUUUUGGGGUAUGAAUUUCUUACCAACUGCUAUCCCUUAGGGGGGCGUUCAAUGGUUAUUUCGCACUAAUAGCUCACCCUAAUCAUCCUAUCAAAUAACAAUUGGACUUAAAAGUCGUCAUAAUAUGAAUGUGCUCGAUGGCGAGUCUUAAGGACCGCAACAAAAUUCUAGAAAACUAAAAAUGUGUUUCCAGUCUCUUAGGGUUAGAAAUUUGUCGGCGACACUCAGGGUGGUACGAAUUACUGUUGACCACACCCAAAGUACAAUCCCUUAGGGUUUAAAUUGAUUUGACCAUCACCCACGUCUGGUUUUAUGGGAGUCCCGCGGGGCUUUUUGCCCCAGCAAUGCUGUUUUAUUUCUCUUUUCGUAGAAUUUUCUCCCAUUAAUUCGAUUACCACCAUCGUUGUUACAUCUUAGCCUAAAAACCAAAAAGUAGAAGGUGGGAAGAACAUGAGUGGGGAGCGCAUACUAAUACGAUAACGGACUGGCAAUAACUCAAUACGCGGCUCUACCACGAUUAGACCGUCAAAUGAUAAAAAAGAAUAUGCUAGCUAAUGAAAUGAAUAUAAAAGAUCAGUUAGUGAGCCAGGUGACUUUGCUGUUAAUCUGUGUCAGGGACUCUGGAUGGCGCCAACUAGAUAAGAACGUUUUCACUUUCCACAUAAAAAUAAUAUCAUAUCAGUAUCAUUUAUUCAUAGACGUAUAAUCGACUUAAAACCAUAAAUUCAGCUCACAGCAAUUCCAGUGUGAGGGACAAGCAGACGCCGAUUUAACCGUUUUAUCGCACAGACCCCUUCAUCUACGGUCCAUUAAAAUCAUUAAACUUUUAAUACACGGUCGAUUUAUCAAGCCUUUAAUACUUACACUUCUUCCAAUUAUGGUAACGGGUCUUAGCAGCCAGGCCUAGCGCACUAUAACCAUGUGGCAAGACAGACGGUAGUAGGAUUUAUCAAGUGGGAAAUCAGAUCGUAUUCCAAUAGAUAGUUCUACUGUAAAAAAAUAUGGCACCUUUCGGUUGUGACCUGAUUAGUUUAGAUUUCAUUGGAGGUUCGACUCGGAGAGUCGGAAGUCUCCUGUAUAGAUAUCGGCUUCGUAACGCUAACGUGAUCGUGUCGUUAUCGUGAUCAUGACGUUUAUCGGGAUCAUGUCGUGAUGCUACCUUGAUCUUGACGUCACCGUCACCGUGAUCGUGUCGUGACGCUACAUAUUAUAUCGUGAUUGUAUCGUGACGCUACCGUGGCCGUGCCAUAUUGCUAUCGUGUUGUGUUAAGUCGCUACCGUGAUCGUUUCGUGUCGGAACGCUACCGUGUUCGUGUCGGAAUGUUACCAUGUUUGUGUGUGACACUACCGUGAUCGGGUCGCAACGCUACCGUGACCGUGUCGUUACCAUCAUUGUGUCAUCACGCUAGCGUGACCGUGCCAUGUCGUUGUCGUGAUCGUGUUGUAUCGUGACGCAAUCGUGAUCGUAUGUUUCGCAACCGUGAUCGUGUCGUGAUGCUAUCGAGAUCGUGUCGUGGUGCUAUCGAGAUCGUGCCGUGAUGCUAUCGUGAUCGUGUCGUGAUGCUAUUGUGAUUGUGUCGUGAUUCUGCGGUAACCAUGACAUGACGCUACCGUUAUCGUGUCGUGACGCUAAUGCGAUAGUGUCGUUAAGCCACGUCAAUCAAAUCCUAUAGUGACAGUGCUGUCUUUAAUUUCGAUAAUUUCUACGUGCCUUGUAAUAAGAGUUAGCUCGUACACAGAAUAAUAAACAGGAUCCUUCGGAUGAGAGCAACAAUACACCCUAUAUUAUCUUUUUUUACAUGAGCCCUUAGGAGACAGCUUAAUUUAAGUUCUAUGACGUCACAUGACGUCUAGGCUUUAAAGGCACUAACUUCAGGUUUACAAUCAAUACCCCCAUGGGAUUUGGCAUAUUAGUAUCACCAUUCAAUACACCUUAACAUCUUAGUCAAAAGAUAAAAAUUGCUGGAACGUUUGCAUAUUGACGCAUUUUAUAUUGUACACUAUGGAACCAGCAUUGUUAUCGCUGACACGAAAACCGAUUAUGGAUGCCAACUUUUAACGGAAAUAAUAUUGGAUAAUCCUGUACUGAACACAAUGAAAAAGAAGCUGUUAUGAGUUUUUAUUGAAUCAAUAACUUUCUUUGGUCACUAUUUCCUCGGCGCUUGUCAAAAAUACACUGCCACAUUGAUAUCACCCUCGGGCAACAAGCUAAAGUUAAUCCGGUAUCCAAAAGUUAUGAAUGCACGCAGGCAAAACGAAUCCUAAGGAACUUACUAUAAAGGUUUAAAUGUGUCUCCCAUAAAUUGGGUAAGUACCCUUAUUCAGUUUCACAAAAGCGCUGUUUUCUUUAUCGGCAAUUUUGUUGUUAUCGAGCAUUUCCGUGGCGUUUUAAAAAAGAAAGGCCGAAAGAAGGCAGGAGACAAAAACUAAACAAGGGGAGGAAGCGACGAAAGAAGGGGCCGCCUUUUGCGAUAAGACGUAAUCGGUGAACAGACUCACAACGUACCACGACAUUAGCCAUGGCACAGGUUAACAGAACAUUGUCGGACGAGCUUGAACAUGAAGACGAAAACUCUACAUCCCACAUGGGAGGCUUUUACGCUGCUGUCGAUGUGCCACCGAUAGUGGUGGCAAUCCUCAUAAUUGCACUUAACAGCCUUGUGUUGAUACUAGUGGUGAGAGUGAAACAACUCCGCACCACAACCAACUUUCUUCUGUGCAGCCUUGCGGUGUCUGACCUGCUGACGGGUCUGGUGAGCAUCCCUCUCUUCACCUCGUGUAACAUCCUGCAAACCUUGACCAUCUGCAUCGUGGCGGAGAACGUGCUGCGCUUCACGUCCAUCUCCACGGUGCUCCACCUGCUCGCGAUCACCACGGACAGGUACAUGGCUAUCAUGCACUCGCUACGAUACUACAACAUCGUGACCAGGCACCGCGGCUACUGGGUGAUCGCCUGCACUUGGAUCAUCUCCACCAGCACCGCCUUCAUCCAGCUGGCCUGGAAUAACCCCAGUGCCCUUGAAAACACGCACGACGAACCACCAGAGAGUCUUAUCCAGCACGAACUCCGCUACGACUUCUUCAACCUCGCGGUGUUCUUCUGCAUCCCUCUAUUGGCCAUGGUGUACGUCAACAGUCGCAUAUUCUACGAGGUGGUGCGUCAAACCAAGCUGAUGCGGAGGAACUUCCCAGGCUGGCAGUCAGCGAGGGAGACGACAGGGCGCGAAUGGAAGGCAGCGCUCACGUUCGCUGUGAUGUUUGCUGUGUUUAUCGCUUGCUGGUGUCCGUACUUUUUACUCCGACUUCAGCAGAACUUGGGCAACGAGUUGAUGUUUGAGGUGAGCAGAGUAGGCGGAUAUGUCAUCGCAUUUUUGCGGUUCCUAACGUCGUUGUUAAAUCCAUGCAUCUAUGUUCUUGGAAAAACGGAUUUUCGCAAAGCGAUUCGCGGAAAGGCAGCUAGACGCAAGGCAGUAUCUUCAUUCAGCAAGACGUCAGGGGGAAAAUACAACGGCAUGUCUAGCGCAACCAAGUCAACGUCCAUGUAAAAAAAAUUACGUCUGGUAAAUGACUUUAAUUUCCUUGAAUUACGUUCUUUGCCUGGAAAAUAUGACAAACGCAAACAAGUUAACGAGAAUGCAAAGCAAGGCUUACGCCUGGUGAAGAAACUUUACGUUUCUUGCCUGAAAAACAUACCAAGCGCAAACAAAUAAAAUGCCAUGUGAACCUUACGCCCGAUGAAUGAUAAUCAUUGUCUGACAGAAGCGCAAACAAGUACAAUGUCAUGAUAGCUUCAGCAUUAUGAAGACCCUAACAAUUCUGGCCAGGUAAAACACCUAGCACAAACAAGUACAAGAACAUAUCGAGCGCCACCUCAUGCCUGGUAAAGACACUUUGCUAUCUUUACCUGAAUGCAUAGCAAAUAAGUACAAGAACAUAUCGAGCUUAGCCUUAGACACUUAUCAAUCCUUGCUUCACACAAAUACCAAACAUUCCAUUAGUGAAACAGUAUAGGUAAAUGCACCAUCAAUUUAGAUAACAGUGUUGCUGAAGGGGGAUCAACGUCCGGCAUGUUAUGUGGCCAUGUGGCAUAAGUAUUUAGCUUGUACACCUUAAAGGGGCGGUCGCACGUUCGUUUCAAAGUGAAAUACACCGUGGAAUCGUCAUUUCUUGAGAGCGAAAAUGGCUGAAAACGGCUGAAAAUGUAUCUGAUGUGGAAUCCGUUUACAUCACGCCGAAUUUACUCACAAGAAGACAAUUAAACAGCUUUUAGAUAGUGUCCAGUAGUUUUUCUUUGUGCUGGAUUGGCGACGGUAGCAUUCUUGAAAAAUACCGCUACCGGUGCGACUGCCCCUUUAACCAUUAUAUUAGAUGUGUGAAAAUAUACUGAGAUAAAAGAUGGUAGAGAUGGCCAGAUUAAGUUCAUGGUACACCAACUUUCCCUAGUCUAGAUAAACAUAGCUGAAUUUAUGCACGUUCGUUUCAAAGUGAAAUACACCGCGGAAUCGUCAUUUCUUGAGAGCGAAAUAGACGGCUGAAAAUGUAUCUGAUGUGAAAUCCGUUUACAUCGCGCCGAAUUUACUCACAAGAAGACAAUUAAACAGCUUUUAGAUAUUGUCCAGUAGUUUUUCUCUGUGGCUGGAUUGGCGACGGUAGCAUUCUUGAAAAAUACCGCUACCGGUGCAACUGCCCCUUUAACCAUUAUAUUAGAUGUGUGAAAAUAUAAUGAGAUAUAAGAUUAAGUUCAUGGUACACCAACUUUCCCUAGUCUAGAUAAACAUAGCUGAAUUGAUGUAAAUAUGUAUAAUACGAUAUUCAGCCCUCUAUGGAACGUGUAGUGCAUAGUGUGUAGUGUACAUAGUGUGCUUUCUAUAGUUUAGUACUAUUUGGGGUGAUCUUCAUGCAGCAUGCAAAAUAAAGCACUGCUUUUAAAUCAAA